UUCUUGUUAGGAGAUGGUGUAGGAAAUGCGAUUUGUGGAGUGGAGUGAAGCGCAGGACGAAUGAAAUGUUGGUCACAGAUCUUACCGCGGGCAGGAGAGCGUGUUAACAGGAGAGGAAGGUAUGAGAUGCAGUGAAUGCAGGAUACGGCAGGAGUGAUGCGAAUGGAAGGCGCGAUAGAGCUGCGAUUAAGACACUCACAUACUGAUACAACGAUGCUCGCAGGGAGCUUUGAGGCUUAUGAGGACGUUCUUCAGAUACUCGAUAAUCAUCAGUUUGCACCGUCUGCAAUGAGCAACGGUACGAGAAGAAGAGUUUCGAUGAAAAGGAUGGACGUGGGUAGCCAUCAAUGCUGCUCUAAGCUGCAUGCAGCUAGAGCUCAGAUCGAUCUGCAGGAACGAUCUUGGGAAUCCGGGGGCGGUGACCAGUCCAUUCUCCUGGGCGUGCUGUGAGACACCGAGUCGUGAUGUCACCCAUACGGCAUCUGUUCC